GGCCGGGGCGGCGGGUUGCAUGAGGCAGUUUCUGCACGGCCGGGUAAAGAAUUGGGACCAGGAGAAGCGGUUCGGCUUCAUCUCCCCGCACGACCGCGGCCAGGGCCAGCAGGACGCCUUCUGCCACGCGGGGGCCCUCUGCAACGAUGACUUCCUCGAGCGAGGGCAGGAGGUGCUCUACAUGGUGCAGUGGGAUGCGGUGAAGAAGAAGUACGCGGCCUUCAACGUGCUCCGCAAGGACGCCAGCCAGUUUGACGGCGUGGCCCAGGCUUCUGGCACCGGCGUCAGGCCCGGGGCUGAGCCCUGGGCAGAUAGUGGCGUUCGUACCACUGGCGGUGCGGAUGGCAGCUGGGGCGGCAACGGCGCAGCCCGCGACCGCGCCGAGGAGAGCAACGGGUUCCGGAGGCAGGCGAGCAGCGGCUGGGGCGCGGACAGCGAGCGGAACGGCAACGACCGCGCCCUCACCUCGGCGCCCUGGAGGGACAAGGCUGGCGCGGCCGACGCCUCGACCGAGGUCGGCCAGGCCAGCCGCGCAGAUGCCCAGCAGAGCUGGGGUGUCUCGGGCGACCAGGCCAGCCGCGCAGAUGUCCAGCAGGGCCGGGGUGCUUCGGGCGACCAGGCCAAGGCAAGCGGAGCGCCUGACGCUCCAGCUCCGCGCGGCACGCUGUCGAAGGCCGAUCCCCCUGCUCCGCCCAGCACGCUAUCGAAGGCCGACCCCCUUGCUCCUCCCAGCACGCUGUCGAAGGCCGAUCUCCCGGCUCCCCCCAGCACGCUGUCGAAGGUCCAGGCCCCGACCCCGCCCAGCACGCUGUCGAAGGCGCAGGCCCCGGCGCUGGUGGCCCCGGCGGUGACGAAGGCGCAGGCCCCGGCGCUCGCCGCGGCGGCGCCCCCGGCGCUCGCCGCUGCGUCGCCGAAGGCCCAGGCCCCUCCGCCCCUGCCGACCCCCGUGGGCCUCCGGCGGGCACCCGUCCCUGCGGAGGGCACGGCGGAGAGCCCGGCGGCCGCAGGCGCCGCGGGCGCCGCGGGCGCCGCGGGCGCGGCCGUCGAGGAGGACCCGCCCGGGCUCAGCGCGCUGCCAGCGGGCGAGGACGCGGAGCGCGGCGGCUGGGGCGCCGGAGGGGGCUGGGGCGCCGAGGAGGGCGCGGGCGCCGAGGAGAGCGCGGGCGGAGGGUGCCAGGGCUGGGGCGCGCAGCAGGGCUGGGGCCCCUCCAAGGGCGACGGCGGCUGGCCCGUGCCGGGCGAGGCGCAGGCCUGGGGCGGCUGGUCGGCAGCCACGGCCAAGGGCAAGGGCAAGGGCAAGGCCAAGGGCAAGGGCAAGGGCAAAGGCCGCGCCUCGCCCUUCUGA